AUGUUGCUGGGUGAGGGAUAUCCGGUCGAAGGCGGCGGCGGGCAUGCCACGGCACGGGACCGUGAAGAGGAGGAGGAAGCUGGUCUCGCAAGCCACUGCUUCGGCGGAAAGGGCAAUCGAAAGCGGGUGGCAGCCAGGCAGGCAUCGCGUCAGCUCCUCUGCCGAGCGCCACCGUCGCCAACAGCUUGGGGGCCGCACUCCAUGAUCAUCUGGCCGGUAGACUUUUUUAUUUGUGCGAGAGCAGAAGAGAGAUGCAGCAUGCUCGGUCCGCCGUGUUUGUUCAACCUCGUCCCGGCGGCAAGGCUGCAGCGCAGAGCGGAUGCGGGCUCGAGUCGGAUCCAGCUCAACCUGCGGUUGUGGGAACGACGGAGCGGGCGACGGCUCGGAGGGGUACGGGGCAGGCAGUCCCGUGCAAGUGGACGGGCUAGGUCGUCGUCAGAUGAUGGGAUAAGCAGCAGGGAUAUCGCGCCGCAACAGUCGGUGAGGGAUCGGAGUAAGCCUCAAACGAGUGCUCCCGCGGCGCCGGAGAGCAGCGCCCUUCCGGGAGGCUCGCAGAGGGGCUUGGGGGCGACCGAGGGUGCGGUGCGACAGCCGUGUGACGGCGACGUCGGAGAUGAGGCAAACGUCUCGGUGGCCCGCCACACCCAUGGUGGCGGCGACGAUGACGGUGACGAAAGGAUGAAAUAUCACCACGCACGUAUCUCGCCGCGACAACCCUUCGGAGGAAAAGGCACCGAGGCAGGGCACCAGGGCGAGGCACCAGGGCCAGACCGACAACCACUGACCGAGGCCCCCUCCUUCCUGGGCCGGCGCGGCGUUGCGAUGAUGGGGCAGGAGCGAUCCGUCGCACGUCACGAGCUCGACGUCGCAACGGACGGCCCGCCGCCGCCGAGCGAGGCCAGGUCCUGCCGUAUUGGCCAUGGCUGGCGGGCGCCGAAGGAAGCAGCGCGCCCGUCGAAGCUCGGUGGAAGGCAGGCACACCACCUUUGCAGGCUCGCAGCACCCCGUAGCGUGCCGUCGAGGGCUGCCGUGAUGAGCGACGUCAUUAGCCGCUGGGAGAGACGGAUGGCAAGACGGAGUACGAAGCAGGCGAAUGACGUUGUUCCGGCGGCGUCGGCCAUGUGCUCUUGCCUCGAACACACGGCGACCUCGUCGGCCUCAUGCACCACGAGACGGGACGUCGCUGCCGACGAAAAUCGACCACGACAUGCGUACCGAUGCCGCACCGGACACCGUCUGCUCUCACCCUGGACUGUCAUGGAGCUUGCCUGCUUGACCCGGAAAGGGGGUCCCUCGAAAGACUCGGAUCCUGGCCCGUUGGGCUCCGGGACCGUCGAUGAGGCAUGCACGUCGCAGUCAUUGCAGACGUCGCCGCCAGACAUGAUAGGGAGCACAGGAUGCCAUGAUUCGCCUCGGCAACGUGUCCGGCCCGAUGACGCCGACGAGGAGGUCGCCGUGCGUGUAUGGACGCAUGUGUAA